AUGGUUCGAAUCCGAAUUGUUUGUGUUUCAGAUACGCAUGGAUAUGGACCGCAAGAUGGUGCCUUCAAACUGCCAAAAGGCGACGUCCUUAUUCAUGCUGGUGACUUGUCGAACCAAGGGACCUUGAGUGAACUACGCAAAGCUAAAGAAUGGAUCGAGAGUGCUGAUUUUGAAGUGAAAAUAGUUAUUGCAGGUAACCAUGACAUCACCCUCGACAGUAAUUUCUACGGAUUGCACUGGCAAUCGUUCCAUAACCAUAAGCCGGAGUCAUCAAAUGAAUGCAAGGACUUAUUCUUGAAAUCUUCAAUUAUUUAUUUAGACCAUGAAUCUGCUGUUAUUCGACUAUCUAGACCGGAUGGGCCGCGAUCAAAAUUCAAAAUAUUUGGGUCGCCGUACACUCCAUACUGCGGAAAGUGGGCAUUUGGAUAUACUUCUGAAGAAGCUCCCGGAAUCUGGACACAAAUACCCCAAGACACUGAUAUUGUCCUGACUCACACUCCACCUAGGUCCCACUGUGACCAGAAUAAGCGCGGUUCCCUCGGUUGCGAAUACUUGCGUCAAGCUCUAUGGAGAGUUCGACCACGUUUAGCUGUUUGCGGGCAUGUGCAUGAAGGUCGGGGAUUUGAUAGAGUUCGGUGGAAUACCGCACCCCAAAGCGAAGCGUUCCAGGAAUUGAGCUCAGCCCGUGGAGAACUGCCUCCACUUGGCAGCAAAAAGCAAAACCUGAUCGAUCUUACGGGGAGAAUACAGCAUCGCCUUCAGAACGAUGGUUCAUUGACGCCUCUGUUACCCACGUAUACCGCGUAUCAUGCGCCGCUACCGGCAGAAAGUAACGCGAGCACGCCCGGGAGGAAUGAAACAUGUAUCGUCAAUGCAGCUAUCAUGGCAACUAACUGGCCGCAUAGAGGGGGUAAAAGAUUUAACAAUCCUCUGGUUGUGGACCUGGACCUACCGCCAGAUGAAUAG